GUGGAGUUGAAGCCGUCCCCGUGCCUCGCAUAUACUCUGCAUAUCACAGGAUUUGGUCUCUCCUCUCUCUUUUCUGGAGCUGCUGCAGGACUGGCUAUGGCCACCACUACUUCCGGGAUCCGUCAUUUCAUUCGCCCACCGCUCAGCGCUGCGAACUGACUCUGUUUCUAUAAGCAAGCUAGCAGCCAACCUGCCAACACUCGCUGACACUCACUCAUCUCAGUCUCGCCAGAUAGACGAAAUACCUACGGGGGGAAAAGAAAGGAGAGAUCCGAAUCGCAAUCUCUUAAUUUCUACUGCUUUUUUUUUUCCUUUUUUUUUUCUUCUUCUUCUUUCUUUACAGUGAUAAUAAAACAAGAUAGCGAUCUGGAGGCAUUAAAGGAGACGCGGACUUGCGGGAUGAAAACGGACUAAAAAGAUUCGUCCUUCUCUUGAACAUCAUCACCAACCGUCAUUCAUUCAUUACCUUGACAACCUCUGGCUUUGAUUGACAGCUGGAGUGGCAAAAAGCCAUGAGACACGACAGUUUAGUUACAUGCAGGUUGUUGAUGGGCCGAUUGUAACCUUCACUUUGGCGCAUUUUUUUCUUUUUUUUCCGAGGAAAGAGGGAAAACAAGAAAAAUUGCAAAACUCCCCGAUGCUACGGUUUCAUCUGAACCACUCCGGCGAAUAGGAGAAUUCGCAAAGUUGGUUGAAAAAGGAAUCUUGCCACUAAAUCACUUUCUAACCGGGACUGGGAUAUUAAAUAUACGACAGAUUCAGGAGUUUAUUGGAGCGCAGCCUGAUGGCGCAAAGGUACGAUGAGCUGGCCCAUUACGGUGGGAUGGACGGAGUGUCGGCGUCGAUGUACGUGGACCCGCACGCGCCCCGGCCGCUUCCCCAGGUCCACCACCUGAACCACGGACCGCCGCUGCACACCAGCCAGCACUACGGAGCCCACGCUCCACACCCGAACGUUAUGCCCACCAGCAUGGGCUCUGCUGUCAACGACGUUUUAAAGAGGGAUAAAGACCAGAUUUAUGGUCACCCUUUAUUCCCACUGCUCGCACUGGUUUUUGAGAAGUGCGAGUUGGCGACGUGUACUCCGAGGGAGCCCGGCGUAGCAGGCGGCGAUGUCUGCUCCUCAGACUCCUUCAAUGAGGAUAUUGCAGUCUUUGCCAAACAGGUCCGAGCAGAAAAACCUUUAUUUUCAUCAAAUCCAGAGUUGGACAAUUUGAUGAUACAAGCCAUACAAGUAUUACGGUUUCAUCUCUUGGAAUUAGAAAAGGUGCACGAGCUCUGUGACAAUUUUUGCCACCGGUACAUCAGUUGUUUGAAAGGAAAAAUGCCAAUAGAUCUAGUUAUUGAUGAACGGGAUGGCAGCUCAAAAUCAGAUCACGAAGAACUCUCGGGAUCGUCGACUAACCUUGCAGAUCACAACCCAGCUUCCUGGAGAGACCACGAUGACGCCACCUCCACACACUCAGCCGGCACACCGGGGCCCUCCAGCGGGGGACACGCUUCACAGAGCGGUGACAACAGCAGCGAACAAGGAGAUGGCUUAGACAACAGCGUCGCAUCGCCUGGCACGGGGGACGACGACGACCCGGACAAAGAUAAGAAGAGGCAGAAAAAGCGUGGCAUUUUCCCCAAGGUGGCUACGAACAUCAUGAGGGCGUGGCUCUUCCAGCAUCUUACGCACCCAUACCCCUCUGAAGAGCAGAAGAAGCAGCUAGCCCAAGACACAGGUCUCACCAUCUUACAAGUAAACAACUGGUUUAUUAAUGCCAGGAGAAGAAUAGUACAACCCAUGAUUGACCAGUCAAAUCGAGCAGGUUUUCUUCUUGAUCCUUCAGUGAGCCAAGGAGCAGCGUACAGUCCAGAGGGCCAGCCAAUGGGCAGCUUUGUACUGGACGGUCAGCAACACAUGGGGAUCCGACCAGCUGGUCUGCCGGGCAUGCCAGGGGAGUACGUACCUCAGAGCGGUCCUGUGGGCAUGAGCAUGGCCCCACCCACCUACACCAACCCCCACCAGAUGACCCCCCACCCCUCCCAGCUCCGGCACGGACCACCUCUCCACCACGCGUACCUCCCCGACCGUCCCCACGUCCACCACGCCCACCGCCAUCCCCACCACGCCAUGCUGAUGCACGGAGGACCCCCGUCGCACCCGGGAAUGGCCAUGCCUGCACAGAGACCCCCUCUGCUCACGCCCAUCGACCCCAGUACUGGAGGACAAGGCCUGGACAUCCAUGCCCAAUAGUAUAAGGGAACUUUGCUACCACGACAAACAGCAGCUACGACAAGAAAACAGUCAAAAGAAAAAGAAGACAGCCGCAGCCCACAACAAAUCCUAUUUUGAGACUAUUUUUAAGAAUAAAAAGCAAAACCCUUUUGACCAGAAUUUGACACUAAAGAAACAGAAUUCCAGAUGAGCUGUGAUGAUUCUUUUUUCUUUUUUUCUUCUUCUUCUUCUUCUUUUUUUUUUUUUUUUAAACUUGUCAAUUUUGUUACUUUCAUCCAAACGGAGGACCAAGCUGACAAGAACACUUUGUAAAGUCUUGGGCUUUUGGUAAAGAUCAACAGAGGAUGUUUUGACACACACGUGUGCAAAGAAUGGACAGAUGCACACUCUCACACAUACACACACACACACACGCGCGCGCACACACACACAGACCUUCAAAUACACUCUUUUCUCACACGCCAUCGUAACCCUUUUCAGUCCAUUUUCAUGUGACACACUCAAACACACAUCGAAAAUAAUAUCACUCUGGAAGAUUUAAAAAAGAAACACCAGAAAGACUCCAAGAGUUAUAACUACUGUAGUAUAAAAAGUAUAGAUAAAUAAGUUAAAACUUGUGCAUUUUUUGUUGAUCACAUGGUUUAUGUUUCCUGAGCUAGUUUUAGAACUAAAGGUUAACCUUUUCUCUCUCACACUGUGUGUGCUCCUUCCUGGAGGAGAAACUGUCUCGCAGCACAGCACUAUAACAGAAAAGAAAGAAAGAAAAAAAAAAAAAAAACACAAGAAGAUGGAACA